CUCGCGAGGCGGAAGAGCAGCAAGGGGGCGCUAGGAGAGGGAACUGGCGAGCGACGGGCCGGCGAGCGAGAGGGAGAGCGAGAGAGCGAGAGCGAGCGAUCUGGGGUGCGGGGAAGUUGGGGAGCAGAACCUGCCGGGCGUCCGAGCACGGGAAAGGCCGCGCCCGCCGGGUCCGUUAGGUCAAGAGGGCCGAGGAGGAAGGGGAAGGCAGGCGGCUGUCGGGCGGUCCCGGGACGGAGAGGGCUUCAGGUCGUGUGGCCGGCGCUGCUCCCCGGAUGGCGACCGCCGAGCCUUCGACCCCGGCCUCUAGCGGCCUCUCGCCGAAGGAAGAAGGGGAGCUCGAAGACGGGGAGAUCAGCGACGACGACAACAACAGCCGCAGCCGGAGCAGCAGCACCAGCAGCAGCGGCGGCGGCGGGCUGUUACCGUACCCGCGUCGGCGGCCUCCUCCCCCGGCCCGGGGCGGUGGAUCCGGGGGCGGCGGCGGUGGUGGCGGCGGCGGCGGCUCCUCGUCCUCCUCGUCGUCCUCCCAGCAGCAGCUGAGGAAUUUCUCACGCUCGCGGCACCCGGCCGAGCGGGGCCAGCUCAGGGGACCCAGCAGCUACCGACCCAAAGAACCGUUCCGGACUCACCCGCCCCCGGGGCGGAUGCCGUCGGGGUCCCUGUCUGAAAGCAGCCCCCGGCCGUCCUUCUGGGAGCGGAGCCACAUCGCCCUGGACCGUUUCCGCUUUCGAGGCAGCCGGCCUUACCGGGGUGGGAGUCGCUGGAGUCGGGGGCGAGGAGUAGGGGAGCGAGGAGGCAAGCCGGGGUGCAGACCUCCUGGAGGAGGAGGAGGAUCAGGAGGAGGAGGAUCAGGAGGAGCGGGAUCCGGAUUCGGCAGCAGCCAGAGCUGGCGAGAACCCUCUCCACCCCGCAAGAGCUCCAAAAGCUUUGGAAGAUCUCCGUCAAGAAAACAGAAUCAUUCAUCCAAAAGUGAGAACUGUGGGGAAGAAACUUUUGAAGAUUUGCUUUUAAAGUAUAAACAAAUACAACUGGAACUAGAGUGCAUCAAUAAGGAUGAAAAACUAGCUUUGAGUAGCAAAGAAGAGACUGCGCAGGAAGAUCCGAAAACAUUGCAUUUUGAGGACCAAACAAGCACCGAUAAUGCUAGUAUUACAAAAGACCCAAGUAAGGAAGUGGCUCCCGAGGAGAAGACACAGGUCAAAACUUUUCAGGCAUUUGAAUUAAAACCACUCAGGCAAAAACUGACUUUACCAGGGGAUAAGAACCGGGUAAAAAGAGGGAAAGAUGGAACAAGGCAGCUUUCCUUGAAAUCCAGCACUACGGAUACUAGCCAAGGAUUAGAAGAUAAAGAACAAAAUUUAACAAGAAGAAUCAGUGCCUCAGAUAUUCUAUCUGAAAAGAAACUUGGUGAAGAAGAAGAGGAACUGUCUGAGCUGCAGCUUCGCCUGUUGGCUCUUCAGUCGGCUAGUAAGAAAUGGCAGCAGAAAGAGCAGCAGGUGAUGAAGGAGAGCAAAGAAAAACUGACCAAGACCAAAACCACACAGCAAAAGGCCAAGACCAGCACGAAAGCACACUCGGCCAAGAAAGUGAGCGCCACAGCUAAACAAGCACUGCGGAAGCAGCAGACAAAGGCGUGGAAGAAACUCCAGCAGCAGAAAGAGCAGGAGAGACAGAAAGAGGAGGAUCAGCGGAAACACGCUGAGGAAGAAGAGAGGAGGAAAAGAGAAGAAGAAAUCAGAAAAAUCAGAGACCUUUCAAAUCAGGAAGAACAGUACAAUCGAUUCAUGAAAUUGGUUGGUGGGAAGAGAAGAUCAAGAAGUAAAUCUUCAGAUCCUGACCUGAGGCGAUCCUUAGAAAAGCAGUCUGACAGUGGAGGAGGCAUAUAUCAAUAUGAUAACUAUGAAGAAGUUGCUAUGGAUACAGAUAGUGAAACCAGCUCUCCAGCGCCUUCACCAGUACAACCACCAUUUUUUUCUGAGUGUUCACUGGGGUAUUUUUCUUCAGCGCCGUCUGUUUCUUUGCCUCCACCAGCUCAGGUUUCACCUGUGCCGUCUUUGAACCAACCUUAUGGGGAAGGCCCGUGCGUUUCUCUCGACCCUCUACCUCCUCUUCCACCGUUGCCACCUCUACCACCUGAAGACCCAGAGCAGCCUCCAAAGCCACCGUUUGCAGAUGAAGAGGAGGAGGAAGAAAUGCUCCUUCGAGAAGAACUACUUAAAUCUCUAGCAAAUAAAAGAGCUUUUAAGCCAGAGGAAACAUCCAGUAAUAGUGACCCACCUUCACCUCCAGUUUUGAACAAUUCUCAGCCUUUGUCAAGAAGCAAUCUAUCAAUAGUCAGUAUUAAUACAGUAUCUCAGCCUAGGAUACAGAAUCCAAAGUUUCACAGAGGACCACGUCUUCCACGAACUGUGAUCUCGCUUCCAAAACAUAAAUCAGUGGUUGUAACACUGAAUGAUUCAGAUGAUAGUGAGUCUGAUGGAGAAGCUUCCAAGUCAACCAAUAGUGUUUUUGGUGGAUUAGAGUCCAUGAUCAAAGAAGCAAGACGAACUGCAGAGCAAGCUUCAAAACCCAAAGUACCUCCAAAAUCUGAAAAAGAAAAUGACCCUCUGCGAACACCUGAAGCCUUGCCUGAAGAGAAGAAGAUCGAAUAUCGAUUGUUAAAAGAAGAGAUUGCCAAUCGUGAGAAACAACGUUUGAUUAAAUCAGAUCAGCUGAAGACUAGUUCAUCGUCCCCAGCAAACUCAGAUGUGGAAAUGGAUGGGAUUAGUAGAAUAGCAAUGGUUACUAAGCAAGUUGCAGAUGCAGAAGCAAAGCUUAAAAAACACAAGAUUCUCUUGAUUAAAGAUGAAUCGGUUUUAAAAAAUCUAGUACUGCAAGAAGCCAAGAAGAAAGAGUCUGUUCGAAAUGCUGAAGCAAAAAUUACAAAACUUACAGAACAACUCCAGGCAGCAGAGAAAAUCCUCAGUGUUAACAGGAUGUUUUUGAAGAAGCUCCAAGAACAAAUUCACAGAGUUCAACAGCGUGUUACCAUUAAGAAAGCUUUGACUCUGAAGUAUGGAGAAGAGCUUGCUCGGGCAAAGGCAGUGGCUAGUAAAGAACUAGGGAAACGCAAACUGGAACAGGACCGCCUUGGACCAAACAAAAUGAUGAGACUGGAUAAUUCUCCAAUAUCAAGUCCAAGGAAGCAUUCAGCAGAGUUAAUUGCUAUGGAAAAAAGACGAUUACAAAAGCUAGAAUAUGAAUAUGCAUUGAAAAUUCAAAAGUUAAAAGAAGCCCGAGCCCUCAAAGCAAAGGAACAACAAAACCUUGUUCCCGUGGUGGAAGAGGAACCUGAGUUUUCUUUACCUCAACCCUCACUUCAUGAUCUGACACAGGAUAAAUUAACCUUGGACACAGAAGAAAAUGAUGCUGAUGAUGAAGUUUUGUCAGGUGCAAACAGAGAACGAAGAAGAUCCUUUCUAGAGUCCAAUUCUUUCACUAAACCCAACCUUAAGCACACUGACACACCCAACAAAGAGUGUAUAAACAAACUUAGUAAGAGUACUGUAGAAAAGCCAGAACUUUUUCUAGGGUUAAAAAUAGGUGAAUUACAAAAAUUAUAUUCAAAAGCUGACAGUUUAAAACAGUUGAUUUUAAAAACUACCACAGGCAGUACAGAAAAAGUUCUGCAUGGUCAGGAGAUUUCUGUGGAUGUGGAUUUUGUUACAGCACAGAGUAAAACAACAGAAGUGAAGCCAUGCCCAUUUAGACCUUACCAGAGCCCUCUUCUUGUCUUUAAAUCCUACAGAUUUAGUCCUUACUACCGAACCAAGGAAAAACUUCCUCUAAGUUCAGUAUCAUACAGUAAUAGGAUUGAGCCAGAUCAGUGCUUCUGUCGUUUUGAUUUAACAGGAACAUGCAACGAUGAUGAUUGUCAGUGGCAGCAUGUACAAGACUAUAGUUUAAGUUAUUCUUUGCUUUGUAAUCUUUAACUAGCACAGUUAUUACAGCCACAUUUUUAUAAUGAAUAUAGUAUCCUUAUUUUAUUUUCAGAAAAGUAUGUUGAAAAACUUUUUGGAGUAAACAAAGACCGAAUGUCAAUGGACCAGAUGGCUGUUCUCCUUGUUAGCAAUGUUAAUGAAAGUAAAGGUCAUACACCUCCAUUUACAACUUACAAAGAUAAAAGAAAAUGGAAGCCAAAGUUUUGUAGAAAGCCUGCGACAGAGAAUAGCUGCAGUAGUGAUGAUGAGCAGUCGACAGGACCAAUAAAGUACGCCUUCCGACCAGAGAACCAAAUAAAUGUUCCAGCUUUGGACACUGUUGUCACUCCAGACGAUGUUAGAUAUUUUACCAGUGAAACUGAUGACAUUGCUAACUUAGAAGCAAGUGUACUAGAAAAUCCGUCCCAUGUACAACUUUGGCUCAAGCUUGCAUACAAGUACUUGAAUCAAAAUGAGGGACUAUGUUCAGAAUCUUUGGACUCUGCUUUAAAUGUACUGGCUCGAGCUCUGGAAAACAAUAAAGACAAUCCAGAAAUUUGGUGUCAUUACCUCAGAUUGUUCUCAAAAAGAGGGACCAAGGAGGAGGUGCAGGAAAUGUGUGAGACAGCUGUUGAGUAUGCUCCUGACUAUCAAAGCUUUUGGACUUUUUUGCACCUAGAAAGCACCUUUGAAGAAAAGGAUUACGUGUGUGAGAGGAUGGUGGAGUUUCUGAUGGGAGCUGCCAAGCGGGAAAUAUCAGAUAUUCUGUCCUUUCAGCUUUUAGAGGCUCUUUUGUUUAGAGUUCAGCUACAUAUAUUUACUGGGAGAUGCCAAAGUGCACUUGCAAUUUUACAGAAUGCAUUAAAAUUGGCUAAUGAUGCAAUUGUAGCUGAGUACCUUAAGACAGAUGACCGGUGUCUGGCGUGGCUGGCCUACAUACAUCUUAUUGAAUUCAAUAGUCUCCCUUCAAAACUUUAUGAUCCAUCUAAUGAUAAUCCUUCAAGAAUUGUUAACACAGAACCAUUUGUAAUGCCAUGGCAAGCAGCUAAAGAUGUCAAGACCAAUCCUGACUUAUUGCUAGCAGUAUUUGAAGAUGCGGUGAAAGCUUGUACAGAUGAGACCCUUACCAGUGGAGAAAGAAUAGAGGUCUGCCUUCCACUUUACACAAACAUGAUUGCUCUACACCAACUCCUAGAGAGGUAUGAGGAGGCAGUGGAGCUUUGCAGAAGCUUGUUGGAGUCGUGUCCCACAAACUGCCAGUUAUUGGAAACCCUUGCAGCUUUGUAUUUGAAAACAGAUCGAUAUGACAAAGCCCGAUGGGUUUGGCUUACUGCAUUUGAAAAUAACCCUCAGAAUGCGGAAAUUUUUUAUCAUCUCUGCAAAUUUUUCAUCUUGCAGGACGGAGGUGAUAAGCUGCUUCCACUUUUAAGGCAGUUCAUUGGAUCCUUCUUUAAACCUGGCUUUGAGAAUUACAGUAACGUGGAUUUAUUUCGGUAUCUCUUAAGUAUCCCAGGACCACUCGACAUUCCAGCGUGUUUGUGUAAAGGGGAUUUUGAUGAUGAUGUAUUUAACAACCAAGUCCCUUAUUUAUGGCUGAUUUACUGCCUUUGCCAUCCUCUGCAAUCAAGUAUUAAAGAGACGGUGGAAGCGUAUGAGGCGGCCUUAGGGGUGGCCAUGAGGUCUGAUAGCGUGCAGAAGAUUUGGAUGGAUUAUCUUGUCUUUGCCAAUAAUAGAGCUGCUGGAUCCAGAAACAAAGUCCAAGAAUUCAAAUUUUUUACUGACCUAGUAAAUAGAUGUUUGGUUACGGUCCCUGCCCGGUACCCCAUCCCUUUUAGCAGUGCUGAUUACUGGUCCAACUAUGAAUUCCAUAAUCGGGUCAUUUUCUUUUAUUUGAGCUGUGUUCCAAAGACUCAGCACUCUAAAACCCUGGAACGGUUUUGUUCUGUUAUGCCAGCAAAUUCUCGACUUGCACUGAGGCUACUUCAACAUGAAUGGGAAGAAAGCAAUGUUCAGAUUCUGAAACUCCAAGCCAAGAUGUUUACAUAUAAUAUCCCAACAUGCCUGGCCACCUGGAAAAUAGCCAUUGCUGCUGAGAUUGCUCUAAAGGGACAAAGAGAGGUCCACCGUUUAUAUCAGAGAGCCUUACAGAAGUUACCUCUUUGUGCGUCACUGUGGAAAGAUCAACUCUUGUUUGAAGCAUCAGAAGGAGGUAAAACUGAUAACCUGAGAAAACUAGUUUCCAAGUGCCAAGAAAUUGGAGUCAGCCUAAAUGAGCUCUUAAAUUUAAACAGUAACAAAACAGAAAGCAAGAAUCUCUGAACACUGGUGCAGUCAGUUCUAAGCCCUUAUAAUAAUUGCCAAAAUUAUUUGAAUGAUUCUUCAAGAUUAGGCUGAUCCCUGGCUAAGGUCUGUGUAAGGCAGACAAGCAUUAUUGAUCAUAUCAAGUUUCCUACAAUAUCCUAUCCGUAAAACCGGAAGCAAUGAACAUGAAUGACACUCUUGGAAUGGAUAAAUGAACUUCCUGUUUGGCCUGCUUCUGGGCCCUGCCAGAUUCUCUAACAUCAUGUACGUAAGUAUAGCUCCUCAAAGCGACUGACGUUUAUUUUAAUUUUACUUUGUUUUUGGUUUAAUUUUUUACUUUCCCUACCUUUAUGUUGUGCUAUUCCUGGUCCACUUGACACUCUCUGAUGCCUGAGAGAUUCUUGUUUGGGAUUUAAUUUUCCAGGGCUGUGUUUACAGUAAAAAAAGCAGGCAGUCCCUUUUAGUUCCCCCUCUUUAAGUCUCUGAGAUUCUUCAUUUCAGGGUUUUAAACGUAAGCAGUCCAUCUUAAGGAAAAGUGUAACUGUCGCGGCCACAAGUCUGCUAGUUGCACUUGAAUGUCUAGCAGGGUUGUUGACUGCCCUUUCUACGUUCUGGACUCCUUGCUGAGACUGUUUAACUUGAAGAUUAAAGAAACUAUUGCAAAUGCCAGUGCAUCAGAACCUAAGAGUGGUCAAAUAUUAUGUGCAAUUUUUUUUGUAAAGAAAUUUUAAUUUAUAAUAAAGUUUAACAGUUUAAAGAA